CGUUAGUAUCGUAAUAACACGCUGACCAUACCAUACUAUCGGUCGUAUCAAGCUACAUGAGGUUUUAAUGGAUUGAGAAAUGGCCAUUGUGUUUACGAAUUGUAUAUUUUCAUCCAUUUAAUGGUGAAAUUAUUAUUGAGCGUUAGUCAUUGAGAGAGUAGAAGACUCGUGGCUUUAGGGUAUUGGCUUUAGCUGUGAAAAUUCUCUCGUCUACUAAACGUUCUUUAUGUCGUUGCUCGAUACAACAGCGACUCGUCUCUCUUGAUGUUGUACAAACGCCGUGUAUAAGGAGUUUAGAAAUGGCAAGACACGAGGAUGAUAUAUUGAUAAUUCGAGAGAAUCCAAAUACAGACCAUUACGAUGUUGUGUGGAAACCUCGGAGGAAUUUUCCCUCCAAGGACUAUCUUCCCAGGCGAAAACCGCCAAAGAUUGAAAACACCUUCAAGUCUGUUAACGAUGCUACAGGCAAAAAUAAAAACGUACGAAAGGAUGAGGCAAUAGAUUACUCAUAUAUUGACGAAUAUUGUAAGGUAUCGGGUGCCAUCAAGCCCGAAGAUGACACUUCAAGACCUGGAGAACUAAAAACAAAUACGACCGCCGAAUUCGGUCGACAAAAGGUGUCCUUUGAGAAAUUUUUAAAACAAACUAUUGGCGGUGUAAAUAGCAGUGAACAUGAUACGCUCACAGUACAACCCACUGUCGGUGAUAACCGCAAAUGUCAAAAAGUUCAAUCCUCUAAUACAUACAGGAAUGUUAGAGAAUAUGAUGAGAAUAGUUUAUUACAAGACUAUUGCUUGGAAGAAGAUGUUUCCUUGAACUGUUGUGGAUGUAAUGUGGAAACGACGGUAGAUGUUUGCACUUGUAUGUGGUGUGUGAAAGGUGUAUUUUAUCAUUGUACCAAGGACUCAGAUGAUGUUUUAGAUCAUCCAUGCUCUUGCUCGCCUGUCAAUGUUGGUUGCUGUACCAGAUGGGGUAUUAUGGGAUUGCUGUCACUACUUUUCCCUUGCUUACUGUGUUAUCCGGGGGCAAAAAUUUGUACCGGGGUUUGUAGAAGUUACAAAGAAGGCGAAAUGAAACGAAAGCAACGUCGUAACCGAACUACACAACAUCAGAGAGCUGAAAGGUGAUGUUUUUUUUUUAAAUACUUUACCUGUUCCUUGUGGCGGCUAUUUUCACUGAGUUUGAGCGUAUAUCUUCUCAGCCUGACCUUUGCAUGUUUGAAUGUGAAAUCUGUUAUACAGUAUAUGAAUUCUAGAGUGGCAAAUGUCACAUAUACAAUGUACAUAGAUUGAUAGGAAUUUAUAAUUGCGAACUCCUCAUCUCAUAUAAAUAUUUAUUACUGCCUGUAAAUAUUAUAUUUGUGAAUUUCACACGAUGUCAAUUUGUGGAA